AUGUUUGGGACUACUUUGAACCGUAGUAGCACUGCCCGUCCUCAAACUGACGGCCAUAUUGAGGUUACCAAUCGAACAUUGGGAAAUAUGUGCAGAGUUCAUAGUGCAACAGGGAAGUCACCAUUUUCCAUUAUUUAUACUGCUGUGCCUAAUCAUGUUGUAGAUUUGGUGAAGCUGCCUAUAGGCCAGAAAACCAGUAUUGCAGCGGGAAAAUUGGCUAAGAAGUGGUGGUUGUUCGUGAUGAAGUGA